AAAAUAAGCUCAGCGAAACACCCUCUAAUUGUUGUGAUUGGGCCGGCCCGCCGAUACAAUUUUGUUUUAGUUUCUCCAAGAAAGGAAACAUACUCUACUUGUGUUCAUUUCUGGACUACAACAAUAGAACUAUAGAAGUUGAGUUUUCCCAUUCCCAACAACAAUCAAAAUUCGAAACUUCGUAAUGGCAGCAUUGGUUAGGGUGAGAGAUGGUACGAAAACCGUUCGUCUCCUUCGCACGACGUUGCUGCCACAGGCUUGCGGUGGCGCGCCCAUCGGGCAUCGUUGCGCCUCCACCAAAUCUGGCAAGCCUCCGCCUCGCCUCGUGGAGGUUCAGCGGCUCUUGUAUCAGGCAGAGGAGCGCUACAAGCCCUCUGGAGGCGUCGAGCCUAUCCCCAGAAUAAUGCUGGACCAUGUUAAUAUAAGCUAUACAAACAGUGGUGGGUCUGGAGGGUUCAACAAAGCUGUAAACACGAAGGUGGACAUGCGGUUCAAUGUGAAAAAUGCACUAUGGUUGGAUGAAAAAGUGAGAGAAAGGAUCAUGCAAAUGGAGAAGAACCGGAUCAACAAAGAUGGAGAGAUUGUAAUUUCUUCGAAGAAGAGUAAAGCUCAAAGGAGUAAUGCUGAAGAUGCUAUUGCAAAACUACAGGUAUUCGGUUACCAAAGGAAGAAAUUACAGGCAAUCAUUGAUGCUGCUUCAUAUGCCCCAGCACCUCCUUCAGAAGAGACAGUAAAAAAGAUUGCUGAGUUGACCACUCUUGCAGAGCAAAAUCGACAAAAGAAGAAGAAAGGCCAAUGCGAAAUGCAAAUGCCUUGUAGGACCACUCUUGCAGAGCAAAAACGACAAAAGAAGAAGAAAGGCCAAUGCGAAAUGCAAAUUAUUGUGAAGAAGUUUGGGUGAGACUAGCUUGUGGAAACAGGAAAGGGUAGUGAAUUUGACAACAUAAUUCUUUCAUGAUCUUUCUGUCUUUUUACUGAAGCUCGGCAAACAAUCAACUGCUGUCGGCAUCAUUUGAAAUCAGGUCAUGAAUUGACACUAAAAGAUCAGCUCGUGAACUUUGAGAAGGUAGCCUUCUAUUAUUUGUAUCCGAGUUAGGAAGAAAUUCUAGUUGUAUUCUUUGAUUUUGGCUGUUUGUCUGAGGUUUGCAUAAUAAGUCACUCCUUGAUAUAGUAGGCAAAUGGUUUGAAUUUAGAUAAGUGUUGAUCUAUAUUUUUUACUUGAAUAUAAACAAAGCAACAAAGAUACAUCAGAAACACUUUCAUAAA